AUGAACAGUACUGAAGGUUUGAGAGAUUAUUUACGAUACUGGAUCAACUCCAUCAAAUCGUUCGGUGGUUCUGAUGCUUCAGUACUUCUAGUAGCAACACACGCAGAGGGCAAAACAAAGGAUGAAAUAGAAAAAUUCUUUGAGAGCUUUUGGCGUGCCGUUCCAGAAGAAGACAAAUCAUGGCUCUACAAGUCUAUUGAUGGAAAUGAAUUUGCAAUUGGACAAAAAGAAAUGAACAAAGGAUGUAAGAAUUCUCUACAGUCCAUAAAAUCUGCAAUUGCAGACAUAGUAUCUCGUAAAUUAGACACAAAGAUUGAAGUUCCGUCUUCCUGGGCUUUACUUGAACAUUAUUUGAAAAAACUAAGGCAGCCGCUGCUGUCCACUGAUGAAAUCGAAAAAGUCAAUAAUGAAAUUCCUGAAGAAUACCAAUUGAAAACAAAUGAAAUUUUUGAUUUCUUAAUAUUUUUUCAUGCACAUGGAAUUCUUAUCUAUUUCGACGAAAAAGGACUAAAUAAACAUGUUAUUCUUGGAAUACAAUGGUUCUCUAAUGCAUUCAGCAGAAUUAUUGCUGAUAAGAAUCACGUCACCACAGACUGUAAAAGAAGAUAUAUUAAAGAAUGGGAAUGUUUCAACGAGACAGGGGAACUAAAGGAAACACUUCUCGAUGCUCUUUGGAAAGAGGAACCAUUGUAUGUUAAACACAAAGUUGAGCUUAUGUCUUAUAUGGAGAGGCUGCGAAUGCUUGUCAUUAUAAGUGACAAGAAAACUGAAAUGUCUUGGUAUGUCCCAUGCAUGAACAGUAAACCCUUCAAAAAAGACAUCUUUGAAAAAAAUUGGAGUUAUUCGUCAAUCUUAUGUUUUCGAUUCGACUCCUUUGCCACGUUUGUGUUUUAUCGGCUUGUGGCUUAUUGCAUGAGUUUCCUCGGAUGGCGUGUUGCCUGUGAUAAAGACAGUCAAUGUCUCUAUCAUACGGCCGCAGUGUUUGAACAUCAACAUCACACUUUUAUUCUUGGUAUAUGUGAUGAUGACAUACAGCUGCAAGUCAUGCGUAUUGCUCCUUUACCACUAGAAUCUCAAGUAUGCCAUAAAAUCGGAAAUGAUAUUGAAUUUGGACUAUCAGAACUCACAAAAACCUUUGCUGAAAAGAAAAAUUUUCAAAGAGGCUUCAAAUGUCAAAACAUUAUAUGCAAUGAAAAGGAUCCGUCAUUUAUUCCUGAGAGUGAAUUGUUCGAAAUAGAAAAUGAAACGAUCCAAUGCAGCUGUCCCAUUGAUGAAAAACACGAAAUUAACGUUUACAGUACUCUGCGAUUCUGGAAACAGGAAACAGAGAAAAAAGAGGAAUCAAAGCCUUCGCAAUGCCAUUCACACAUAAAGAGUUCAGCGCAGGAGUGGAAUUAUUUAAAUAUUUCAACAGAUUCAGAGCCGAAGACAAAUUUACCGAAGACAGGACCACUGUAUCCCUUUUCCAAGACAACGUUUCAGAGAGAUGUGAUGACAAGUGAGCUUAAAGCUGAAGUCAGCAGAAGUGUUGGAAUGAUUUUCAUUGACGGGCAUCCUACAGGAACAGGAUUCCGUAUGGGAGACAAAUACAUUAUGACUUGUUUACACGUAAUACAGAGCACCUUUACAGGACUAAAACAAAGGAUGUUUUCAGGAGAAAGUCUUAUAACAAAUCAAAGCAUAGGAAUCUUAGAAGCCUUUGAGAUUAGCGUGAUAUAUGUGGAUGAACCAAUAAAGGAGGACUUGUUUAUUUUCGAUAUGGAACGUGGCAAGUUGCACGGCCGAUCAGAAGAAAGUCAUUGA